CACACUCACAUCCUCUGUUCAACAGACAGACACAACCAAACCUUACAAAAUGUACAAGAUUGUAUUCUUCCUCGCCACCCUGGCCCUGGCUGCCGCCAAGCCCAGCGCAGUAGCGGCUCCUCUGGUAGCUGCAGCGCCUGUGGUUGCUGCCCCAGCACCAUUCGUCACAGCCUCUAGUUCUCAAUACGUCGCCAGAAACUACAAUGGAGUGUACGCUGCCGCUGCUCCCUUAGUCGCCGCUCCUGCCCCAGUUGUCGCUGCUCCUGCUCCAUUAGUGGCAGCUCCUGCUCCUUACGUUGCUGCCCCAUACGCCGUCGCUCCAGCGGCUAGGGUCGUGGCUCCAGUUGCUGCUCCCUACGUAGCUGCCCCUGCCCCAGUCGUCCCCGCUUUCGCCCGGUACGCCGCUGCUCCUUACUUCGCCCCGUCUGCUCCCUUCGUAGCCCUUAAGUAAACUGAUUUGAUGACUGAAUCUUAGCCCACUUUUUUACUGAAGAAUACAUAUCUAUUACAUA